UUGAAGUGGCAUGUUCAUCGGGUGCGAUAUCACGCUCAUGAGUUGCGUGAGGUUUUGUAGGACAAAAUAUAAAGCGGAAGCUCAGAAAUUGCCCGGAGUGUUUUACCUCAUCUACAAUUCAGAACCAAGAUCUCGAAUAUUCAUGCUCGCGUCUUGUUGGCGACACUCCGUCCUAAGGUCUUCGAGGUUUCAAGGACUUGGAGUCAUAACCUCCGAAGUAGGCGGCGUCGGCCUGAGUUGGAAUUCUCAUACACGCUGGGAAACACCACAGCAGCUCUGGCCUGCGCCCCGGCGAAUAUUGCCGCAACGCCACAUCGCAACGACGACACCACCACCAGCCCCUAAAAUGGCGACUUCGGAGCAGGCCCUGCUCAUCGAGAUGGCCAAGAAGGCGGCCGCCUACACGGCCGUCAAGGAUCACUUCGACCCGCGCUUCGAGCACGUCGGCAUCGGCUCGGGCUCGACUGUCGUCUACGUUGUCGAGGCCAUCAAGGAGCUGCACCCGGAGGCCUCGGCGCGCAUGACCUUCUACACCACGGGCGCCGGGUCGCGCGCGCUGGUGGAGCGCCACGGCCUGCACGUUGGCAGCCUGGCGGCGCUGCCCGCGACCGCGCUGCUCGACGUCUACUUUGACGGCGCCGACGAGGUGGACGAGGACCUGAACCUCAUCAAGGGCGGCGGCGCCUGCCUGUGGCAGGAGAAGAUCGUGGCCCUGGCUUCGCGCACCUUUGUGUGCGUCGCCGACUACCGCAAGCUCGGCUCGCGCCUGGGCACUGCCUGGAAGCAGGGCAUCCCCAUCGAGGUUCACCCCAUGCGCGUUGGCCGGGUCCUGGCCGCGCUCGCGAGGCUCGGCUCCAGGGACCCCGUCGUCCGCCCGGACCCGGCCGCGCCUCUCGACCCCAUGGGCAGGCCCGCCCCGCUCGUGACCGACAACCACAUGAACAUCAUCGACGCCCCCUUCAUCCCGCUCGUCCUGCCCUCCCACGACGCCAACGCCGCGGGCGAUGGCACGGAUGGCAUCUGGAGCGUCGAGAAGCUCGCGCGCGCGCUCAAGGACAUUGACGGGGUGUGCGAGAUAGGCCUGUUCUAUGGGUACAGUGGUCUGGAUAAGCCCGGCCAGGGCGGCGCACAGAAGCCUGUGGCGGCCUACUUUGGCAUGGCCGACGGGAGCGUUCAGGUCCAGAACCAGGGUGCACCGCCCGUUACUAUCACAACCAAGGAGGCCGAGUAGAGCGAGCGGGGUGGCAGCCCGAGAUGAUGGGCAAUUUUGAAGUCAAGACCACGAUGUAGACGAUAUCAAACGAGGAUACGGCAGAUCAACCAGCGCCCACAGAUGCAUAAAACGAGAAGAAAAGAAGCGGUUAUUAAAUACUAUAUUGAACAAAAUGCCCACUGUAAUGAAAACGAGAGUUAAAAACAGAGAAUGAAACCCUCCCCUGUUCGUCAGUCGUGGC